AUGUUCGGCGGGGGAGGGGAAUGUAAAGUAACCUCAAAAUGUUCGUUUUGGUGGAAGGAUAUUUUAAAGAUUAUUUCUUCUUAUUCUCUUGAUCCUAUUGUUGCUUAUAGUAGGUUUUCCAUUCAUAAUGGCUUUAAUACCCCUUUUUGGGAGGCUAUGUGGUUGGAAGAUUUUACUUUGAAAGAGGCGUUCCCGGAAUUAUACAAGAUCUCUCGUUUAAAGAAUGUUUCGGUGGCGGCCAUGGAAGGAUGGGAUGAUGGAGAGUGGAAAUGGGGAGAUUUUGGUGUUUGCGACGUAGGUGCGGAUGACUUUAUUUUAGUGGAGGAAGCUGCGACUUUGAAAGGGCGGGUGGAGGGGUUUAGAGGUUGGUUGGAAGGGAAGGAUUCUGUUGUUUGGGGUGAAAACUUGGAUUCGGAGUUUUCGGUUGCUUCUUGUUAUAAUUUUUAUGAUAAACUUCGUAUUCCGUAUGGUCCUUCUACUAGGCAUGACGAAGCAUUUGGGUUAUUGUGGAAAUUUGAAGUUCCGUUCAAGAUCAUGGAAUUUGGGUGGAGACUUUUUCACAAUAGGCUAUUGAUGAAGGAUUUGUUGGUGGUUCGAGGUAUUUCUAUUCUUUUGGAUGAUUUAAAGUGCAUUUUUAAAAAAGGUGAAGUAUAUGAAAUUGGGAGUAGUUUGGCUUGCUACUACUUGAAUUAUUUGGUAAUGUGGAAUCUUAAACUUCCUCCCAAGAUUAAGGUCUUUACUUGGCGGCUUUUUAUUGACCGGCUCCCUACUAGAGAUAAUUUGUUGAAAAGAGGUGUGACUAGUGUUGUGUGUCCGAAUUGUGUGAUGUGCGGCUCCUCUCUUGAAUCUUCUUCCCAUUUAUUCUUUUUUUGUCAAGAGGUGAAAGCGGUUUGGAACUAUGUUUUCACGUGGCUUGAUAUAGCGGAGGAGAUUACUGUGGAUGAUUUUCUUAGGUUCGAAGUCAUCCAAGAAAAGGCGUUAGGUGGCAAGCGUAGAAUUGCGAUCAAUUUUGUUUGGAUAGCUACUCUUUGGUGUAUUUGGCUUAUGAGAAAUGCCAUGAUUUUUAGGGGGGAGAUUUUUAGUUUUGAGGUGGUGUGUACUAACAUUGUGUUUCUUUCUUGGAGAUGGUUAGGUUGUGGAUAUACGAAGUUUAAACCAAACUACUACGAAUGA